GCGGGUGAAUUUUGCAAUGUGCGGGUAACACUGUCAGUCUAUGCAUUUGAGAAUUGAGUGAUUCAGACGCGUAACUAUCGGUAGCCUAAGUAGUAGGCCUAUACGCAGUUGCUUACGGGCCCGGACAAUUCGGGGUCCCGCACCACUGGAAGACACUGAUUGACAGCCGGGGCUCCCUAUCGCAUUUUCAUUACUCUUGACAAUCCCAGCAGUCCCAUGUGCAGCCACUGACCAAGCGGGAGUGAGAACCAAGGGGCUUGACCCUGGCGAGGGGAACGAACCUUAAUCGUUGUCUGCCGACGAAAGGACUUCGCGAUGAAGUAAAUAAACAGAAAGAAAAAUGAAUACCGUGGAGAAGAAGCUAGCGGACUUGAUACGUGGACACCCGAAUUUAUAUGACCAAUCACGGCGGGACUACAAAGACAAUCUGAAGGGGCAUUUGUCGUGGAGAGAUAUUGCAGACGACAUGGGAAAGUCGGAGGAGGAGGUGAAAUUGAAAUGGAAAAAUCUCCGCGACAAGUUCUGUAAGGCGAAGAAGCGAAUGGCCAAGAGAAGCUUCCCUCUGCUGACAGGCGACGAGAACCUGGUGGAGAGGCCCGUCCCGGCGCUGUACCACCAGCUGGCCUGGCUCAGCGCUUAUGUCAAACCCAGAGUAGAAACUGGCAAGGGAGAGACCGACGAGGUAGCUGUAAGUGGCGAGGACGUGGAGAAAGAGCGAAAUAAAGACGAGAAGGAGCAACAGUGUACCAUGCCUGUUGUUAGUACUAGCUUUUCUCCUGCGGAGUCUUGUCCGAACAAUCCUCAGGAGAUGGGAGUCUCUCUCAAACGUAAAAGGCAAACCACUACAGAAACUGAGAUAAGCUCUGCAGAUGCCCUGACCAACCUCAGAGAUGAAGAUGAACUGUUCCUGCUCAGCCUUCUGCCUUCAUUAAAGAGGCUUACCAUUAAAAAAAGAAUGGAGGUACGGAUGAAAUUCCAGCAAGUGCUUUAUGCUGCAGAGUUUGAAGACUAAAUGACUCAUUAAAAGGCAAUACAAAUUGUAUGAUCAGUAAUUUUGGAAUAAUUAUGAUUCUUCAUUCAACCUAUAAAUUCUUUUUUUUAAAUUAUAACUUCAAUAUUUAUUUUUGGAUUGCCACUGCUAUUAAAAAUAUCAAUAUGUAGAUGUCUAUAAUUCAGUGUUGUCAGAGUUGUCCAUGUAAUAGUAUAACCCGACCGAUAAAGGAUUUUUUAGGCUGAUACCGAUACAAAUAUUUGGUUAUUUAAAAAUCCGAUAUUCAGAUAUAUUGGUCAAUAUAUAUUUAAAAAAAAAAAAGAAUCCAGUCAUUAUAAAUGCAGAUACCGUUAGUUCGGGAAAUGCCUAAUAUCGGCCCACCGAUAAAUUGGUUAUUUUGUCCACACCCAUUCAUGUAAUUUGGCCUUGCGCUGGACAGAAUGGUGUGCAUGUGUUAAUCUGGUAACUCGGAGUGAUAAAAAAUCUCAAAAUUAGUUUCAACCCAUUGCUGAUUACCUUUUCUUUUGAAAAUAUCUACAGACAGAACACACAAAUGCCACAAUUACACAAUAUUAUAAGCACAGAUAAAACCUGUUAAACAGUACCAGCUCACAUUACAUAUAUAUAUAUAUAUAUAUAUAUAUAUAUAUGUAAAACAAACAUAUUCCAGACAUUUUGAAAUAACUGCAAAUAUAAAUAGCUAUUUUAUUUAACCUUGUAGCUACAAAUGGUAAAAGUUAGGAAACAGUUGUCAGCGCUGCCUGAUUCUCUUCAAAGGAUUUUUGUAGAGAAGACAUUUCUCUCUGACUGUACGUAAAUAUAUAUCCUUUCUCUUUCUGAAAUAAGUCAUUUCUACUGUAUAUUUUUUUACAAAUAAAUAUUUUCUUGCUUCGGAAAAA